CUGUCUCUUUCCAGAAAGAGAGAACACAAGAUUUCUCUUUUCCUUACUGGAAGAUGUGGGGGUGGAGCCAUUUAUUUAUAAAGCGGUAGAGCUGUGCGGCUCACACGCAACUUGGUGUCACUGCCGAGUAUAUAGCGGCGGGCAGCGCUGACGGGCUCCAGCCAUCAGUGACCGGCGGAAACACUGGACCUUACAAUCUCCCGGGCGCCUUGCCAUCUGAAUGCUUUCCCUUCCAAACAGAACCGAAAAAACAUCUUCCAUUUUGGAGGAAAAAGUCACCGUCAAGCUGCCUACCGCAGAGCCAAUACGUCCACCCGCCCUGGAUGCUACAGCGGUGCCCGCCUGCUUCCUGGCUGCCCGUACCCGCCGCGGGGCCCCGCACGGCAUCCGCCGGGACAGCUCGCAGGGCGUGGGUGUAGCGCCAUGGUAACCUACAGCAAGCUGGAGCCCGUCAUGAGCAGCAGCCCUUUUGACACUGGCGCUCAGCUGCAGGAAGACCGAUACAAGAUGUUCGGCUCGCAGCCCGAGUACCAGCUGGUUCUGAAGGUCAUGCACAAACUGCAGGAGAGCGGCUUCUACUGGGGUGCCGUCAGUGGCAAGGAGGCCAACGGGCUCCUCAGUGCGGAACCUGCCGGCACCUUCCUGGUGCGGGACAGUUCGGACAACCGACACUUCUUCACGCUAAGUGUCAAGACGACGUCGGGCACCAAGAACUUGCGCAUCCAAUUCGACGGCACCUCCUUCUUCCUGCAGACGGACCCCAUGGCCCCAUCGCCUGUUCCGAGCUUCGACUGCGUGCUCAAGCUGGUGCACCACUACAUGUCCUCCGAGGCGGGACCUCACAGCACCUUCUUCAUCCAAACCGGCAUGGAGAAGAUCCCACUGGAGCUGCUGCGGCCACUCACCACCAGCAUGUCCUCGCUGCAGCACCUGUGCCGCAAGACUGUCAACGGGCACCUGGACGUCUCCAGCAAGAGGGAGCAGCUGCCACAGGGUCUGAAGAACUUCCUGGAGGAUUAUGAUGCUCCCAUCUAAAGAUCUCGGUCCAUGGGCCCCAGGUCCAACCACAAAAUUCCGCUGACUUAAUGCUAACCCCCCCACCCCCUCCAGGGAGGGAGGAAACUUGCAGAGCAUGGGAACAGAAGGACAGAAGGAGGCCCAAUUGGUGAAGAACCGUCCGGUUGGCUUCCAUUAGCCUCGGAUGGGUAGGAGGAGCGAAGAACUCGAGUCGAUGCCAGACGCCGGACGAGGUGCCGCCCGCCCAGGUGACAGGUCCCCCCCCCUCCCCCCCCUCCACAUCGCUGCAGCAACCUGGCAUAUGUGUAGCAGACGCCGGGACGAUGUUGCCGGGGGAAAUGUCGGGAAUGCUGCUAUGGCUGCCUGUUCAGUUCUCGUGGAAGGAUGGGAUCCCUCUUCCCUUUGAUUUGCUUCUGUUGACUCGCUGAGCCCUGGAGCCAGCAGUCCGUGGUGACACACACAUUUCCACUGCUGCUUGCCAACCACAAUUGCCUCAUAUGUGGCCAGGAAAUGGAGCUGGGAGGGGGUAGCCUGAACUCGCCACCACCAGCCCGCCCCCCCCAAUGGCCGAACCCCCCCUACCCCGGAUUUAAGACCCAAGCCGUGGGUCUCGGUGUUUCUCUGAGGAACCACAGCCAGUUUUGGCCAUGAGACUGGAAGAAGGACUCGGAACGGGGGCUUUUUUUUUCCCCCUGUGCAUUAGCCCCUUGUCUCUGCCCCCUCUACCCCCUUCCCCCAAAUUUGGCUGGUGGGGCUGGCACUCCAAAAGGAGGAACAGAGAGUGGUCUUAUAACGGCGCAGAAAGUGAGCGAUCUGUGAAAAGAGGCUGGGGGUGGGGCCAGGCAACACAGGGGCGGGGGGAGGAUGUCUAUGACACCAUUGUUCCCGAGAGAGACGUCAAACCCCCCCCCCCCCCCCGCCACCACCACCCCCCCAGCCCAUUCAGUAAUUUAGGGGUUUCGUUCUGUGUCCCCGGUAGAUGCCGUUAUCUGCCAGGUUAGCCACGCGUGACACAUUUGUGCCGCAUUUCAUUUCACAAGUAGGAUGCCUGAUGUGCUUGUUAAUGAAUGUACCGAAAAGGGGAAAGCAGACCCCCCCCCUCAGAGGAAGAGCCACAGAUUCCGUACUUCGUAUUUUUUUUUUGUUCUUAAGACAAUGUUUACAUGUAUGAAAACAGAUGACGGAUGAUAUGUGUUCAUUUUCCAGUCUUUUAUAAAGAGUUCCUGGUAAUGGCGGCCAGAUUUCUGGCAGGACAAGCUUGAAGAUCUGAAAAACCAACACAAAAGAUAACAAAAGCAAACAAAAAGGAAACUUUGCACAUAUUUAUAUUUAUAGACUGUUUCAGACAUUUCAAUAAUUUAUAUUAAAGAGCACUAUUUUUACAAAAUCA